AUGACGGGUCUCGUCUACGUUUGCUUGCUUGAGCUGGUGAACACUGCUAAGGUAGCGACCACGACGGCAACGGAGACGAAAUCAGGUUUGGAGAGCACGGCCGUGAAGAAAGAAAUUAGUGUGGAGACCAAAUUCGAGGAGGGUAAUCGCACGGAUAUCCCCAGCAUAACGAUUGUGGACGCUGCGGUCGUGGUACUGACAGAAGAAAUUGCUGGCGCUGAUGGCGCCGACUUAGCCACACCCAAGCCAUUUCCUUGCUGA